ACAUGUAGUCUAGAGCUAUUCAUUUUUGCUCAGGCAGACAUAUUUCUUGUCGUUGUCUUGGCAGAUAAGACCCACGACGACAAUGGCAGCAGAAAGACUUCGCAUACUCGUCAUUGGCUCCGGUGGGCGAGAACAUGCCCUUGCCUGGAGGCUGGCAAAAUCGCCCUCUGUCGAUGUUGUUCACGUUGCGCCGGGCAAUGGUGGCACAGAAUUCGACAAGGUCGCCAAUGUUAACAUAGCCGCGGAUAAUUUUACCGACUUGGUCGACCACGCACAGAAACAUGGUCUCAACCUCGUGGUCGUCGGUCCUGAGGCACCCCUGGUUGCGGGUAUUGAAGGAUUCUUCCGAAAGAAGGGCAUCCGCUGCUUUGGCCCUAGCAAGGCCGCUGCUAGAAUGGAGGGUUCAAAAGCCUUCUCCAAGGAUUUCAUGCAACGUCAUGGCAUUCCGACAGCUGCAUUCCGAAACUUCGACGAUUACGAGUCUGCUCGCAAAUACCUUGAUUCUGUCAAUCACGAUGUCGUAAUCAAAGCAGAUGGUUUGGCAGCGGGAAAAGGAGUCAUCAUCCCGACGACUAAAGACGAGGCACAUGAAGCCUUGCGUAAGAUUAUGGUUGAGCACGAGUUCGGGUCGGCCGGCUCGCAAGUGGUUAUUGAGGAGUUUUUGGAAGGCGAAGAGCUCAGUGUCCUGUCUUUCAGUGAUGGUUACACUAUCAGAUCACUCCCACCCGCCCAAGAUCAUAAACGGGCUCUAGAUGGGGAUCAAGGCCCGAAUACUGGAGGCAUGGGCUGUUAUGCACCAACAAGGGUCGCUUCCAAGGAACUAAUUGCUCAGGUCGACCGUGAGAUUGUACAACCUACCAUCGACUGUAUGAGACGGGAAGGUAUGCCGUUUGUCGGUUUUCUCUUCACCGGUCUCAUGAUAACCAAGAACGGACCGAAAGUGUUGGAGUACAACGUAAGAGGAGGUGAUCCUGAAAUUCAGACCCUGCUGCCUCUUUUGAGCGACGACACCGAUCUCGCUAAAGUUAUGCUCGCCUGCACAGAACACUGGUUGGACGGAGUUUCCCUAAAAAUUGAACCGAAGUUUGGCGCUACGGUCGUCGCAUGUGCGGAAGGAUACCCUGGCAAGUAUGCAAAGAAUCGACAAAUUAGUAUCCAGAAAGUGGCGCAGGAUACCUUUGUGUUCCACGCGGGUACUAAUAUGGAUGGCAAACAUGUAAUCUCUACUGGCGGCCGAGUGAUAGCUUCGACUGCAACGGCAGCUACAUUGGAAGAUGCGGUGGCGAAAGCCUACAAAGGCAUGGACUGUAUCAAAUUUCAGGGGAUGCACUUCAGAAAAGACAUUGCUCAUCGUGCUUUUGCGAGGAAGGAGCAAGACAAGGGACCGGAAAGUGAGACUUUGACAUAUGCUUCUGCUGGUGUUUCAAUUGACGCAGGCAACGAUUUGGUCAGCAGAAUCAAACCAGCCGUCAAGAUGACCUCUCGUCCUGGUGCUAAUGCAAUCAUUGGCGGAUUCGGUGGAGCUUUCGAUCUUGCAAGUGCUGGCUACAACGAAAAGUCACCUAUGCUCAUUGGCGCUAUCGAUGGUGUCGGUACCAAGCUCAAAAUUGCCCAUGCCACAAAUAUUCAUGACACUGUGGGCAUUGACCUGGUUGCCAUGAACGUGAAUGAUUUGGUUGUGCAAGGAGCCGAACCACUAAUGUUCCUGGACUGCUACACAUGUAGUAUCUUGGAUGUCGACAUUGCAAGCAGCUUCAUCAAGGGUGUUUGUGACGGCUGCAAGACUGCAAAAUGUGCUUUGGUAGGAGGUGAAACAGCGGAAAUGCCAGGACUUCUGAACGGCACCGAAUACGAUGCUGUUGGCGCGGCAAUUGGUGCUCUCGACACUGCGGCCGGGAAGCGGCUUUUGCCAAACACGGAAAGCAUGGUUAAGGGCGAUAUACUCCUUGGCCUGGCUUCGGAUGGUCUCCACUCCAAUGGUUUCUCCCUGGUGCGCCGCGUCGUUGAGAAAAUGCGCUUGAACUUCUCGGACCAGGCACCAUGGAACCCGGACCAGACAGUAGGGAGAUCUCUGCUAACCCCAACCCGGAUCUAUGUCACAUCGCUCCUUCAAGCAGUCAAGCGAGAUCUGAUCAAGGGCAUGUCGCACAUCACGGGUGGGGGCCUUACGGAAAACGUGCCUCGAAUGUUGCCAGGCCACCUUUCCGCUGAGAUCGACGUAUCAACGUGGAAUCGACCCGCCGUUUUUGAGUGGCUCCAGCGAUCUGGCAACAUCAACAAUACAGAGAUGGCUCGGACGUUCAAUAAUGGAAUCGGCAUGGUCCUUGUCGUGUCUGAUGUUGCCUCUGGUGAGGUCAAGAAGAUCCUAGAAGCCGAAGGAGAAACAGUCUUCAAGCUUGGCAAGUUGGUGAACAGGGAUGGUCAAGAAGGUUGCGUCUUGAGUAAUCUGGACAGAUGGACCUCCUGAGGAAUCAAUAUUCGCACUCUGGAGAAUAACAUCUCCUUUGUGCACCUUUAGUGAGCAGACCUGAAAAGAUAUCUGCCGUUCCAAGUGUCCGCAGCAGCAUAGUGAGCCUUUUUAUGCGAACAGAAAAUCGUUCCUCGGCGAGUUCUGGGG